UUGAAGAGCACAUUUGCAGUCUCGUGUACUAAGCAACUGCUUUCAUGUGUAGCUGUGUCCGAUUUGAGGGAAUAAAUACGAAUAUGUUUCGAUUUAUUUUUACUUUGAUUUUAUGGACGUUAACUGUUGCAGAAGAAGAAAAUGGAAUUCAGUGUAAGAUUCCAAACAUUGAACAUGGGCAGUACAAAACUGCUGAUGGCUUAGUCAAAUUUUCUUGCAACCCUGGAUAUGUAUUAAAUGGCACCAGGAUAAGUCAAUGUCACUAUAUUGGAUGGUAUCCUUCCCCUCCAAUAUGUCAAGAAUUUGAAUGUGGAACACCCCCAGAAACAACAUAUGGAGUAUAUUUACCUAAGAAGAACUCCUAUAAAAUUGGUGAAAAUGUGACAUACAUCUGCAAUCGAAGCUACACGAUCUAUGGAGAUGAAACCGUAACAUGCACGGCUCAAGGAUGGUCAUCACUCCCAUCUUGUGAAAAGAAAAAAUGUCCACCUCCUCCACGUGAACUACCAAAUUCUGAGAUAAUAGAUUAUUCUGUUGACUAUUACCACUUAGACAGCAUACAGUACAACUGCAAACCUAAUUAUGAAUUGAAAGGAUCAGCAGUAGUGACAUGCAGAAAUGAAAAGUGGACACCUUUACCAAUGUGCAUGUCUGAAAGCCUGGAAUGUGAAGAACCACCGCAUAUUAAUCAUGGAGAAAUUGUAGAAAUUAAACUGGCACCACAUGUGAAUGAAGAAAUUGUAAUGUAUCAAUGUUCUGAAAAGUACAAAUUACAAGGAAAUCCAAAGGCAGUAUGUUUGAAUGGCAAAUGGUCCAACAUCCCAACUUGUGUAGCUGAAAGUCUGGAAUGUGAAGAGCUACCACGUAUUAGACAUGGAGACAUUAUAGAAAUGAUUCUGCCACCAUAUAAGAAUGGAUUAACCAUAACAGUCCAAUGUUCAAAAAACUACAAAUUGCAAGGAAACUCAAAGAUACAGUGUUUGGAUGGCAUCUGGACCACCCUCCCAAAAUGUUUAGAACCAUGUACUGUAACAGUUGAUAUAAUGGAAAAGAACAAAAUUAAGCUGAGAUGGACUGACACAAGAAAGAUCUAUGUGGAACAUAAUGACGUUUUAGAGUUCGAGUGUAAACAGGGGUUCACAGCAGCCCAAGGCACAGCUAUGAGAGCAAGUUGUAAGGACGGAUCAUUUAAUUAUCCAUUUUGUAUUUAAGGUUGUACCGCAUGGUGGCAUACCAGGAAUAUGUGCUAUGGAUUUUUGAAAACCGGAGACUAGGACGUGGGAACAGAGUUGUCAUUCUGGCAUGCGUAGUCUCACAUAUACGUCGACAAUUUCCUGCAGAUGACAACGAAUAUGUUGGCUUCCUGCCUUUUGAAGGGAUUUGGGUAUACCCUGAGUAACUGAAAUACAUAGGUGUAAAGGUACUGGAAUGACAAUUCAGUAUCUGAAAAGGACAGCAGAUGAUCAUGAUUCUGUGCUGUAAGGAUACAUAAAAGUGUAACAUGUCAUGUCAUGUGCUUUUGU